GUCUAACAACAUAGGCUCAGAUGGGGCGAAAGCAGUUGCUUCCGAAAUAGCUAAAUGUCCUACUCUCUCCACUUUAAGCCUUGACCUCUCUAACAACAACAUAGGCUCAGAUGGGGCGAAAGCAGUUGCUUCCGAAAUAGCUAAAUGUCCUACUCUCUCCACUUUAAGCCUUGACCUCUCGUGGAAUAGUAUAGGCUCAGAUGGGGCGAAAGCAGUUACUUCCGAAAUAGCUAAAUGUCCUACUCUCUCCACUUUAAGCCUUGACCUCUAGAUGAAUAGUAUAGGCUCAGAUGGGGCGAAAGCAGUUGCUUCCGAAAUAGCUAAAUGUCCUUCUCUUUAAGAUUUAAGGAUUGAUUUAAG